ACAGCGUUAGGGUAGAGACCGGCGGUAUCUCAGUCGAUAUUGGCGGUGUGCUUGCUAAGCCUAGUCUGUGAUAGGCUGGAAAGGAAGGAGAGCGAAAAGUGACCCGAGCCGUUCAGGUCCACGCUCGUUCCCUCUUUACUCAUGAACGGCAAGCAGCACUCGACGGUGGGCCUGUCCCCGUCUCUCAGCCAUGGCUCCCUCCCUACGGGGCGAUACUCCCCUCCUUAUCGACCCCCGGAACGUAUGAGAUGCAUGACUGCCACUUCGGGCAACUUUUUUGGAGGCUUGGAUGAUGGCUUGUUGGCGAGAGCGGAGGCUCUGGCCGCCGUGGAUAUUCCCAAGUGUCCGUCAGCCCAGUUGAUGAAAUCGGAUGGACUGUACGGACACACCCCGGACUUGACACCCCAUCAGAUGACCUCAUCCCGACCUCAGAUGUCUAUGCACGCGCACACCACCCCGUUCGGAUCCGGAGACUCCAUGCUUGACCAGCUGACCGGCAAUCCACCCGGAAUGACCCUGGGCCCCGUCUCCAUGCAGGAGCAUCACCAUCAUAACAACCACGUUGUGAGCUCUCACUCCCACACACACCAGAUGUACCCCCCGGUGUACAGCCACCCUAACAGCAUGAACACCCACCCCGGCCUCACCUCCCACCACGCGGCCAUGCACCACCCCGUACACGACACUGACUGUGACCCCAGGGAACUUGAAGCUUUUGCCGAGAGGUUCAAACAGAGAAGAAUAACUGGGGUAACUCAAGCUGACGUGGGGUCAGCCUUGGCCAACUUGAAGAUCCCGGGGGUGGGGUGUCUGAGCCAAAGCACGAUUUGCCGGUUCGAAUCCCUCACUCUGAGCCACAACAACAUGAUCGCCCUCAAGCCCAUUCUACAGGCAUGGUUAGAAGAGGCCGAAAAAGCCGCUCGGGACAGAAAAGCUGAAGGGGAAAUGAUGGGCGGUGCAGACAAAAAGCGCAAGCGUACCUCAAUUGCCGCACCCGAGAAAAGAUCCCUUGAAGCUUACUUCGCAGUUCAACCAAGGCCUUCAGGGGAAAAAAUCGCUCAGAUAGCUGAGAAGUUAGAUUUGAAGAAAAACGUUGUUCGCGUGUGGUUUUGUAAUCAAAGACAGAAACAGAAGAGAAUGAAGUUCUCUGCAGGUGGUCUUGUACAUCACUGAACUCAAUUUCGGAGACAGGGACUCGGCAAUACUCACAAUUCGGAGCGCCACCCUACCCCCUGUUCUCCCCGACCCCGGGACUAGCGGUCGGUGGGGGCAAGGUGGUGGGGGCACGGCUCCCGGUUCAUGUGCAAUGUGUUUCUCAGGUCAGCUACACGGUCUCGCUUGUGCAAACGGCAAAACAGCGCACAGGGAGAAAACGGAGAGUGCUUUUUGUGACAAUACCAACGAGAGUCGUUUGGGAUUCUCGUUUUUUGAACUAUUCUGGUCUGAGCUUCGUGUAUAUACUACGUAAGUAUGAGUGUUGACACUGUUGAUUUUGUACCAUAAAUUAUUAUUUAUGUUUGAGAAAUUUAUUUGUGAACCGUUUCUCACAAGACUUUUUGAAGGUUGGUACCUACGUGACCACCAUGCGGCGGGCUACUUAUGUAUACAUAGAUUCAAUAUUCACUGCAUCACUGAAUUUUUACAAAUUUAUGCUUUUUCUGUGUUGAUUUUGUUGGUAUAUUCAGUUAUGCAUAUUUGAGCCAAUUUCGUACAAGCGAACAUCAAAAUCAUUCUGAAUUUCAAAGCAUUCGAAACCACAUCGUCACAGCCAUUGAAACACAAUCCCAAUUCUAGAAACAGACGCCAUUUUUGUUUCUGUUUAUAGAACAUGUAUCUCAGGAAGCCAUGGAGUAGAAAUGCUUUUGUUUUUAAAAAAUUAUAUUUCCUUAAUUCCCAUGUGUAGUAAGAUAGCAUUGCGUCUCCUGGUCCAUGACAAUGUAGUUGAAAUUAACAACCAUACCUUGUCAAUCAAUCCCUCACCAGACCGCAUCUGCUCAUAAACAGAAGCCAGUGGGCUAACAGUAAAAACAUUGUCAUCGUUUUGCAACAUUGAAACCACCAAUAAAGUUAACAGUAUCUUGUCACCUCACGAAAACAAACUCAUUUCUUGUUGCUAUUAUCUAACCUUUUAAAAAUACAGUAUAUUUAGUUUGAAAGGUUUUAUUGUGAGUUUAAUAUCUAAUCAUAUUAAUGUUUCAAUUUUGAAAAUAUAUCAUAUCUAAUGUUUCCUUACUUUAAUUUCACAAAUUGUUUAAAAGACAAAACAGAUCUGAUGUACGGGUUUCCGACCCUCAACAUUAACGCAUGUGAAAACAAUGCACAAUAUGGCCAGGUCAUGUUUCUCGCAAUUCACAGGGGAAUUCCCUUAGAGUCAGGAGUCGUUGUAAGCUUUAGAAUCGUAAGCCGCUUAGCCUUCUGUGAGGCCAUCAUUAGGUCUGUUUGCCUGCAUUAUUAGUAUUAAAGGGAUCACACGUGGCCCUUCUGGUCUGAGAGAUCGUAUUUAAGGUACUGUCUUCUAAAACCAACCUGAAAGAAUACCACCAGCAAAUAGGAUUCAUUGAAAACAGCUGACUGGAACAAACAAGUCCGAUUUUCCAUUCUGGUUAUUUUACAAAAUGUUUGUACAUAUUUUUAUGGGAAGCAUUUUAAAAUACGAAACAAAGGCAUUCGAGAGGGGCGUGGUGUUAUGUACUGACAUAUGUUUAAGAGCAAUUGGAAACCCCUUAAAGCCAUAUUACAAUUGAUUGUAUCAAUUACGUUUUGUUAAAAUGGCUAUAAACGGACAUAUGAUAGCCUGGGCUCGUGAGAUGUGUUGUGUUUGGGGGACAUUUAGUGCAUAAUUACGGGGGGUAAUAUUUGCUCGACGCACCCGGCUAUGAAACCUCGCGGUGAUGUGAGAACAUGGCGGAACCACCCUGGCUAGAUUUCUCCCGGGGAUCGGUAGCCCCACGUACUCGUUUAGUAAUUGUCGUCGUUUUAUCACCGCCAUCAUUAUCAAAGUUUUGACCUUUUGUUCCAUUCGGCUUCGAGGCCAUCUGUGCGUUUUAACAGUAGUCUAUACAAUCGAUGCUAUACCCUCACCCGUACUUAAACACCGAUUAUUAAUCAAUUCUCUCGUGUGUUUCUUUGAACCCUUUUCUACGCUUGUGUUGACCAAUAUUUUCGAUUCCACUUGUAAUCGAUAUUACGUGUCCGACGCGAGAUCACAAACAGAUGACGACUUCAACAUAUGUCCUCAUGCUGAACGGCGGCGCGGUUGAACAACUUCAUAAAAUAUUUACCACAAUGACGGCUGUGGAGGGAUAGACCAAAUUCCAUUACAUUAGUCCCAGACUAAUUUUUAUGGCUUCCUUAGGUGCAUGAGAGGAAUUCCGACUGACAUUAUGCAAUUUCAUCUUCAGUACCAUUGUGCUCCUGUAAUGUUUUAUUUGCGUUGUCAUAUUUUGUUAAUUUUUUAAAAAUAUGGCAAGUUUUACGCAGGAUCGCAUGCAAUAAAGAACACGUAAAACAGAAACUAUGUUUAAAUGUAUUUUCCGUACAACGAAAUUAGAAUGAGUCCGAAAAUGGCAAAUUCAUAUAAAUGAGAUUGUUACUAUCAAAUAAAUCUUUGCCAUUUUAAUGGGAAAAGUCCUAAUUGGCAUGUAUUGUGAUUUGUUUGCCUGCGAGCCUGUGUUUUGUCGCCUAAUUCUGUUAGUUACUAGCUAGCGACAUACCGUGAAGUUACAAUACUGUGUAUGAAUUUUACAUAUUUUUGUAUGUUUUGAGGCCUAUAUUUGUAUGUUAUGCGUUCUUUCACUGCAAAUCAUGAUAAAACAAUUGAUCUCUA